GCAACAUGGCGGCGCAGCGGGGCCAGCCGAGGGCACUGCCACACCUUUCGAAGAGGCCGUCGCCAUGACAGGGGUGGGCCGCUUCCAUUACGUGCUGGUGACUGUCUGCGGCUUCUGCCUCAUCUCCAUGAUUUUCGAGUCUCUGGCGGCGGCCUACGUCACUCCGGCGGCCCAGUGCGACUUCGACAUGACGUCAUUCGAAAAGGGCUUCCUCAGCGGAACCAUCUACGUGGGCAUGAUCGUGAGCUCGCACCUGUGGGGCUUCGUGGCGGACACGCGCGGCCGCCGGCAGGUGCUGCUGGUGACCCUCGCCCUCAACUUCCUGUGCUCUGUGGCGGCCGCCCUCAUGCCCACGCUGCCCCUCCUCAUAUUCUUCAGGUUCCUCAACGGCGUCUGGAUCUGCGGGCCGUCUGCCGUGACGUACGCCUACCUGGGGGAGUUCCACUCGGACAAGACGCGCACCCAGGCCAUCGUCUACGUCUGCAUCUUCCUCUCCAUGGCGCUCCUCGUUGAACCAGGACUGGCUUGGGCAGUGAUUCCUCAGCCUUGGGCAGCCCCACUGCCGUGGAUCACGAUGCGGUCCUGGAGGGUUUUCCUGAUCCUGGGCGCUGUUCCCAGCGCCGCCACCUUCCUGGGGCUGUGGCUGUUGCUGCCGGAAAGCCCCAAGUUCCUGCUCGCUGUCGGCAGGCACGACGAGGCUCUCGGCGUCCUGCGCAAGAUGUUCGCCACCAACAGCGGUCUCCCACCGGAGAAGUACCCAGUGGCGGCCCUGCAGGGGGACGCGCUGACGUCAUCACCAGUGGGCGUCAACACCAAGUCUCCGCUGGCGAUCGCUCGCCACAUGUGGAGGCAGACGGUCCCGCUGUUCAAGCCGCCAUACCUGCUGUACACCGUCGUCGCCUGCUUCAUUCAGUUCGGGCUCUACGCCAGUUCCAACGGCUUCCUCAUCUGGCUGCCAGAGUUGCUGAACCGCAUGGGCCAGUACGGUGAGGCCUACCCCAACCACCCUGCCACUGUGUGUGACGUCAUCGCCGUGCUGGCGGGCCAGCUGCCACCACCAGUCACUGUGGAACUGCUCCAGGCCAACUACUCCAGUGUGAUGGAGAGCUACACAGCAGCUGAGGAUGUGAUAGCCAGCAACUGGACAGUAGAGCUCCUGAGCGCAGAGCCUGGAGCCAGCUGGACGACCACCGUGCCGGACGCGAUGGUGAGCAACGUGACCAGCUGGGUCGGGGACGUCACCACUGGGGCUGCUUCCCUGGAACUGCCUCCAGCACUGGAGGUGUGCGUCGCCACAGUGAACCCAGUGAGCUUCGAGAAUACGCUCAUCACGGGCGCGGGCUUUGCUGUCGGCUACAUCGCCAUCAGCCCCAUUAUCAAAGUCGUCAGCAAGAAGACCAUCCUCGCGGUGUGCCUGACGGUGUCCGGGGCGUGCGGUGUGGCCGUACUGUGGGCGCAGACCGACCUGGAGGUGCUGCUGCUGCCGAUGGCCUUCAUCGUGCUCUCCGGGAUGUGCGUGUCCGUCGUCAACGUCGUCGUCGUCGAUACCGUCCCCACCUAUCUCAGAGCCAUGGCGGUGUGCCUUUCACUGUGUUUCGGCCGCCUGGGCACCUUCAUCACAUCACUCAUGUUGGGUGCCCUCAUAGACUCCAACUGCGUCCUCGCCAUCGCCAUCCUUGGAGGAUACGUUGUUGGUAUGUAG